ACAUCCCACUCUGCGCAGGCUGCAACCAACCCAUCGUGGACCGUUUCAUCCUGAAGGUGCUGGACCGGCACUGGCACAGCAAAUGCCUCCGAUGCCACGACUGCCAGGUGCAACUGGCGGAGAAGUGCUUCAGCCGCGGGGAGAGCGUCUACUGCAAGGAGGACUUCUUUAAGAGGUUUGGGACAAAAUGCGCGGCCUGUCAACAAGGCAUUCCUCCCACCCAAGUCGUGCGAAGGGCCCAGGACUUUGUCUACCAUCUUCACUGCUUCUCCUGCAUCGUCUGCAAGAGACAGCUGGCCACGGGAGAUGAAUUCUACCUCAUGGAGGACAGCCGGCUGGUCUGUAAGGCAGACUACGAGACCGCCAAGCAGAGAGAGGCUGAGUCCACGGCGAAGCGACCCCGCACGACAAUCACUGCCAAACAACUGGAAACCUUGAAAAACGCGUACAACAACUCGCCCAAACCAGCUCGACACGUGAGAGAACAGUUGUCUUCCGAAACAGGCCUGGAUAUGAGAGUUGUCCAGGUGUGGUUCCAGAACAGAAGGGCCAAAGAAAAGCGCCUGAAGAAAGAUGCUGGAAGGCAGAGGUGGGGGCAAUACUUUAGGAACAUGAAACGAUCAAGGGGGAAUUCCAAAUCCGACAAGGACAGCAUUCAGGAAGAAGGACCAGACAGUGACGCUGAGGUUUCUUUCACAGAUGAACCUUCUAUAUCUGACAUCAACCAUCCCAAUGGGAUUUACAACAAUCUUGGGGAAAACUCACCCGUUCUGGCAAAACAAGCGGGGAGCAGUACAAGCUUCUCCUUGGAACACAGCGGCAUUCCAACUCAGGACCAAUUCCAUGAUCUUCGCUCAAACAGCCCUUACGGAAUACCCCCCUCACCAGGGUCCUUACAAGCUAUGUCUGGUCACCAGUCUCUAAUGUCCAGCUUGGUUUACCCAGACCAUGGCUUGGGCAUUGUAGGCCAAGGGGGACAAACUGUGCCUCAGCCCAUGAGAGUGUUGAGUGGGAAUGGACCCGGUUCAGAUCUCUCUACAGGAAGCAGUGGAGGGUAUCCAGAUUUUCCAGCAAGUCCUGCUUCUUGGCUGGAUGAAGUUGAUCACGCCCAGUUUUGA